GUCGCCCUGAGAGAUGCUGUAUUUGAAUCGGGAUCGUUAAUAUUUCUUGUUCUACGUUUAUUCUUCUCUGUUGUGCGUUUGUUAAGAGCGCUAUUAUUCUAUUCGUAUCGCUAGAUAUUGUUAGUAUAUGCUCACUCAUCGUGGCUGAAUGAGGCCGGUUCAAUCCACUGGCGCUCCGAUACUAUAACAAAACGCAACGACAGUUGAUUGUAUUAAGACAAGAUGAUUUAGAUUUCGUGCUUUUGGCAAAUUUUGGCCUUUUUUACACAACUCAUUUAUCCAAUUCAAAGUUCGGAAAAUGAUUUGAAAUAUUGAAACAGGUUCAUUUGUAUCUAUCCGAAACUUUAGAAGGAUGAGUGAUCAUAUUGAUGAACAUAUACUCAGCAAGUUCCACAUACUCCAAAAAUUGGGUAAAGGUGCUUAUGGUAUAGUUUGGAAGGUAGCAAACAAAGAAACCCAGGAGGUGGUAGCGCUGAAGAAAAUAUUCGACGCUUUCCGCAAUUCUACAGAUGCUCAACGUACGUACAGGGAGAUUAUGUUCCUUCACUAUCUACGAAAGGCACAUAACAUUAUAGAAUUAAAGGAUGUAUAUCCCGCGAAAAACGAUCGUGAUCUAUAUCUUACAUUCGAAUAUAUCGAUACAGACUUGCAUUCUGUUAUCAGAAUAAAUAUAUUAGAAGAAAUACACAAGAAAUAUAUUAUAUACCAAUUGCUAAAGGCAAUAAACUUCAUACACUCCGGUGAUUUGCUCCACAGGGAUUUGAAACCAUCAAAUGUUUUGCUAAAUGCGAAGUGCAAUAUUAAGCUGGCGGACUUUGGUUUGUCCAGAAGUGUUGCUUAUGAUGAGACAACGGACGAAGCCCCCGUACUCACGGAUUAUGUUGCUACACGUUGGUAUCGUGCACCGGAGAUCUUGGUGGGAAGCACUAAGUAUACUAAGGGUGUAGACAUGUGGGCUAUAGGGUGUAUAUUGGCUGAGUUGCUUUUGAAUAAACCGAUCUUUCCUGGAUCGUCCACCAUUAAUCAGCUGUCAAAGGUGGUUGCUUUCACUGGUAUGCCAAGUGAUGAGGAUAUAGAAUCGUUAGGUUCACCUUUUACUACGUUAAUGAUGGGUUCUCUUGCAAGUGUACAGAAUAAGCCAGUCAAAGAGUAUUUCCCCAAUGCUCCAGAUGAUGCUGUUGAUUUGGUCGUUCGAUUGUUACAGUUCAAUCCAAAGAAACGUAUAACCACCUUGGAGGCGCUCAACCACCCAUAUGUACGCUCUUUUCAUAAGUCAAAUGACUCGAUUCCUGUGAUGUAUAAGGCCGUUAAAAUACCGAUUUGUGAUAAUGUAAAGUAUGACGUGGCAAAUUAUCGUAGGUUGAUUUAUAAAUUUAUUGAGGAAAAGAGAAUUAGUAGUGGUAAGCCUCCUCUAGAUGGCUUCCCACAUCUGUCAACAACUAAUAUGGACGUCAAAAAUCCGCCAAAGAUGCAAAGUAGUGUAAAUGAUACUAGGUCGGUUGUUGUUACAAGCAAAUCUGUAAAUAAUCUUGGGAAGCCAAAGUGCGAUGUUAAUAAGGAAAGAAGUGCUUAUAAUGUACAACCAAGUAAUAAUCUAAUGGCUAUACACACGAAUGUGGCAAAGCUCAAAACAGUGCCCGAAUCAAACUCACAUCAGCCAAAUAUCGCCCAAACAAUAAAUCGUGUACCUAUACAACCCAGAAGAGGAUUCUUUCAAAGCACGUGCGGAUCAAACCUUCAGAAAAAUGCCGCUUAUAAUCAGCCGCAAUUAGUUGUGAGACAGAAAGCGCCACAGCAAGCGAAUCAAACACAAUAUCAAUGCAAAAUGAAGCUUCCGCAGGAAUCCUCGUACGGAAACACAUUUUUCUUUUGACAAAGGUCAAGGGAAAUAAC